GAAGUGGGUCGUUCGCUGUUGUUUGUGUUCGUUGGUCGCUAAUCGUUUCUGUUUUUCUGAUUUAAUACACUGCUUUUACGGGACGAAAUGGCAACGUUUAUUUCAGCCCCGUUAAAAAAGUCGUCUGAUGUGGAUCUGGUGAAACCGCUGUCGAAAUUUGUAACAGCUACAUACCCAGCGGGCGAGGAGCAGGGAGAGUAUAUCCGCGCCGUGGAGGAGUUGAACAAGCUCCGCAGAAACGCGCUGAUGAGGACGCUGGACAAACAUGAGAGCUCCCUGGAGAUUCUGCUCAGAUAUUAUGACCAGCUGUGUGCUGUCGAGCCCAAGUUUCCCUUCUCUGAAAACCAGCUCUGCUUAACCUUCACAUGGAGGGAUGCCUUUGAUAAAGGAUCACUGUUCGGUGGCUCAGUCAAGCUUGCUUUGGCCAGUUUGGGCUACGAGAAGACAUGCGUGUUGUUCAACGUGGCAGCGCUGGCCAGUCAGAUCGCUUCAGAGCAGAACCUGGACAACGAUGAGGGACUGAAGGCUGCAGCCAAAUACUAUCAGCUGGCCAGCGGGGCGUUUGGCCACAUCAAGGACACAGUGCUGUCAGCACUGAACAGGGAGCCCACCAUGGACAUCUCCCCCGAAACUGUGGGUACCCUGAGCCUCAUCAUGCUGGCCCAGGCCCAGGAGGUCAUCUUCCUCAAAGCCACCUCAGAUAAGAUGAAAGAUGCUGUCAUCGCAAAGCUGGCCAAUCAGGCAGCAGAUUUCUACGGUGACGCCUUCAAGCAGUGCCAGUACAAAGACAACCUUCCCAAGUAUUUUUAUUUUCAGGAAGUGCUGCCGGUGCUGGCGGCCAAGCACUGCAUCAUGCAAGCCAACGCUGAGCUGCACCAGAGCGUCCUGGCCAAGCAGAAGAAACGCUUUGGAGAGGAGAUCGCUCGCCUGCAGCAUGCAGCAGAGCUGGUGAAGACAGUGGCGUCCCGCUACGACGAAUACGUGAGCGUUAAGGACCUGAGUGACAAGAUCAACCGAGCCCUCGCCGCAGCCAAGAAAGACAAUGACUUUAUCUACCACGACCGUGUGCCUGAGGUCAAGGAUCUGGAGCACAUUGGCAAGGCAGCGCUGGUCAGAGCCACCGCCAUCACACCUCCACUCAGCCAGAAAUUCACAGACUUGUUUGAGAAGAUGGUCCCCAUGGCGGUGCAGCAGUCCAUGAGCGUUUACAGCCAGAGGAAGGCUGAGACUGUUAACAGACUGGUGGGAAUGAUGAGGGAGGCCACCAAUCUCUGCAACGGGGUUUUGGCAUCCCUAAACCUGCCAGCUGCUCUGGAGGAUCUGUCAGGAGACUCUAUCCCACAAUCCAUUGCUGAGAAGGCCCGGUCCAUCGUUCAGCAGGGAGGACUGCAGAGCAUCGAGCAGCUAAUCAGAGACCUGCCUGAGCUUCUGACCCGCAACCGAGAGAUCCUGGACGAGUCUCUGAAGAUGUUGGAUGAAGAAGAGACGACAGACAACGAGCUGAGAAGCAAGUUCAACCAGCGCUGGAACAGAACCCCCUCUGGAGACCUGUACAAGCCCCUCCGUGCAGAGGGAGCUAACUUCCGCAACAUCUUGGACAAGGCCGUGCAGGCGGACCAGGUCGUGAAGGACCGCUACAACACCCACUGUGAGAUGAUCACCCUGCUGUGCAAACCAGAGAACGAGCUCAAUGCUGCCAUCCCAUCCGCCAACCCGACCAAGACACUGCAGGGCAGCGAGGUAGUGAACGUGCUGCGCUCCCAGCUCACCCAGCUGGACGAGAUGAAGAAGGAGAGGGAGACCCUGGAGGGGGAGAUCAAGGGCGUGACCUUUGACAUGUCUACCACCUUCCUGACGGCGCUCGCCCAGGACGGGGCCAUCAAUGAGGAGCAGCUGUCAGUCUCCCAGCUCGACCAGUUGUACGGCGCCUACAACCAGAGGGUACAGGCCAGCCUCCGCACACAGGAAGAGCUGCUGGGACAAGUUCAGACAUCCCACCAGGAGUUCAGCAGUCUGAAGCAGUCCAACACGGAGGCCAAUCAGAGGGAGGAGGUGCUGAAGAAGCUGGCUUCAGCCCAUGACAGCUACGUCGAGAUCAGCAACAACCUGCGCGAAGGCACCAAGUUCUACAACGACUUGACAGAAAUCCUGCUCAAGUUCCAGAACAAAUGCAGCGACAUCGUUUUCGCUCGCAAGACGGAGCGGGACGAGCUUCUCAAAGAGCUGCAGCAGAGCAUCGCCCGAGAGCCCAGUGCUCCAUCCUUCAACGUCCCCGCCUAUCAGAGCACCCCAGCUGCCCCUGCUGCCCCCGCUGCCGGCCCAACCCCGGCGCCCAGGACCGUCUUUCAGCCACCACAAGCCCAGCAGCAGCCCCAGGCCAAGCCCCUGCCCCCAGCCAGGCCUCCUCCACCAAACUUCACGCCUCAGGCAGCAUCCACCACUCCCACCAACACGCAACCUGUUGGCCCUCCCACCGGCAACCCGCCACCUGUGGCCCCACCAUCGCAGGCCCAGGGACCACCUUACCCCAGCUACCAGGGCUAUCCAGGGUACUUCCAGAUGCCCAUGGGCUACAAUCCCUAUGCUUAUGGCCAAUACAACAUGCCCAACAUGCCCAACAUGCCCUACAUGCCCUACCAGGCGACUCCAGGACAGGGAGGCUACCCAGCAGCCCCCCCUGCCGGACAACCCUACCCCGGCUACCCCCAGCAACCCCCACAGCAGCAGCAGCCCUACUACCCUCAGCAAUAACUCUCAUCUCCAUCCCCUCAUUCCUCUUCUCACCAGUUAACACCAAAUAAAAAAAUACCCCCAGCAAUAACACUUCAUCUCCAUUAGCUCCCUCCCCUCUCAUCUUUUCUCGUCUCUCACUAACAGCGGCUGAAGAAACCCAACUGAAGGGUGACCUCACAGCUGCUUCACACUUCUCCCCGAAACCCUUUAUUACUUUGCCAUCUCUUUCUUCCUUUGUCCUUUUCAUCUCACCCUCCCUUUCUCAAUCAUUCUACGUUCUAUUUUCAUGUUUUCUCAGCUCUGACGGCACUUUCCCUGAACUAUCACAACUCUCACCGAUGCACUAACCCCUCCUCCUGCCUGUAAGGUUAUUUUUUUAUGUACUCAUUUUCUAACGGUUUAAUUUAAACCCUAACUGGUUUCCAUUGAUAACUGACUUUGUCUGGGCUGGACUGCUUUACAACCCUCAUGGAGGCGCACAGAAUCCUUGGUUGUUUCCUGGUUUGGGUGUAUGUGUUGGGUGGGCGGAUGGGUGGUCAUUACUAGUCAUGCCACUGAUGGGAGGGCACAGCCGCAUCCUCGCUCCCCCACCCACUCAAUCAACCCCCAGUGCUUCUAUAUCAACUAUAUUCCUAUUUUUGUAAUGAAUACUGAUGCGUCGCUGUUGUACAAACCUAUAAAAACGAAUGGCCUGUAGGUUUUCUAAUGUAGAUGACGACUGUUGAGAGUUUUUCUUUCGCUCUUUUUCUCUUCUCUCUCUCAUCCAGGGAAUGUUGGUAUAUUUCUGUGUUACAAUCAGAGGCUGUACAAGUGGGAGAAAUUAUUCUAUUAUAUAAAUAUAUGUAUAAAUAAGACUCUGUAUGUGGUUAACCGAGACACUCAGUGUGAUGCACUCUCAUGCUCUUUGUGUUUAUUUUUGUUCCUCAGCUCUAAUGUGAUUAAAAACAACCGCCAGCCAGAA